ACCACAGAGCAAAGCCAACACGGCCAUCGCUGACCGGGGCUAAAGCACGGAAGGUACUUGUGAAAAGCCUUCACUCCUCCACUUCCGCUUCAGCAAUCAAUAUAGUUUCACUUUCACAGUGGGCAUUGAUUUCUUCUUCUUCUUCUUCUUCUUCUUUCCCAUAACCUCCACAAACGAACUCAAAAAUUUGAAGGUUCGAGAGACUCAAUUUCUGAGGUCCAUGAGGAUAAAAAACUGAGAAUUCCAGUUAAAUUUACAUAAAAUUCCGCUUCUGGCAACCGUCAUUUGUCUCCAAGCGGAUCUUCGGCUAUUACAGAGAUUCAUCUGAUCCUGUAUUUUUCUUUGUCUCAGAUUAGGAAAAGCCAAGAACCCACCAAUGCAAAUCCAUUUGUUUUCGUAACAAGAAGAUGGGAUUGAGGUCAGUUACAUCUUUGUUGUCUCUCGACUCCCUUCCGAGUAUCAUUUCCCUUUGUCCUCCAUUGGUGACUGUCUAAAGCUUCCUUGACUUUCCUCUGAGAUCUUUACAGUUUCUUCUGCUUUACUUGCUUCCGGUGGGUACAUGCAGAGAACCCAUUAGCUGCCACGGACCACUUUCUCAUUUCUAGUCUAACUGAGCACUGGGCAGUUCUUUGGUCUUUAGCUGGUGUGGUUUUCCAUGGUUUUUAGAAAAACGUGGAAAAGGAUGAAUUAGCUUCAUGCCUUUUCGUUGUUGCUUACCCAAAAACAAGCAUAGAGUUUGUAAUGGAAUUACAUGCUUGUUUUUGGUGUAAGGUGUAGUUUUUCCCCUCUUCCAAUCCUUUCUUAGUUUCUUCUACUCUUUUUUGCAUCAAAAUUAUCCUCUUUCACUUAGUUAAUCAAUUUCUGUCUCCGUCAAUCACCUUCAUUUUUGGGUGAGAUUGACCUGAUUUUGAGUUCUCUGAAUAGCUAUGGAAACCUGGGCUUCUGUUUGGCUUAUUUAUUUGCUUAUUUUAUUGUUGGGUGGAACCUCCCCUGUUAACACUCAGCGUGUUGGAAGCCAGAUGUCUCCAGGGUUUCAAGGGUCUCAGAUGAACUAUGUUGAUAAAAAAGGGAUGUUUCUGUUCUCCAACAACUCGCAAUUUGCCUUCGGCUUCUUCACUACCCAAAAUAUCACUUCGUUUUUGUUAGUUGUCCUCCACACUAGCAGUUCAAAAGUAGUUUGGACUGCAAACAGAGGAUCCCCUGUUAGAAAUUCUGAUAAAUUCAAAUUUGCAAACAAUGGGAAUGCUUAUUUGGAAAUGGGUGGUCGUGUAAUUUGGUCUACAGAUACGGAAGGCAAAGGAGUUACUGUCAUGAAGUUGCAGGACACAGGAAAUUUGGUCUUGCUUGGAAACGAUAGUAAACCACUUUGGCAGAGUUUCAGCUAUCCCACUGAUACCCUUUUGUCUGGUCAAGAUUUCUUGGAAGGAAUGAAGCUAGUAAGCAAUCCAAGCCUCAAUAAUUUGAGCUGUUAUCUUGAAAUCAGUUCUGGAGAUUUGAUUCUCAAUGCAGGCUUCCCUACUCCACAACCUUAUUGGUCUAUGUCAAAGGAGAUUCGCAAAACCGUUAACAAGGUUGGUGGGGAGGUUAAAUCUGCAUCUAUGAGCUCCAAUUCGUGGAAGUUCUAUGAUAAAAAUCAAGUGCUGCUAUGGCAGUUUAUCUUCUCGGACCACACUGAUCCGAAUAUCACAUGGGCUGCAGUGCUAGGCUCCCAGGGGUUGAUCUCAUUCUACAAUCUUCAGAAUGGUGGGUCAACUAUUGCAGAGCCGACGGCGAUUCCUCAAGAUUCUUGCAGCACGCCUGAGCCUUGUGAUCCAUAUUAUAUUUGUUACAGCAACAAGAAGUGCCACUGCCCUGCUGUUCUUGCCUCCAGACCUAAUUGUGCACCUGGUAUUGACUCUCCAUGUAAUAGUUCAAAUGGUCCGUUGGAACUUGCACUUGCAGGGGAUAGACUUGACUACUCCGCGCUGGGGUUUGUUCCACCAUCUUCCAAGUCUGAUCUAAGUGGUUGCAAAAAUGCAUGCCUAAGUAACUGCUCUUGCCUUGCUUUGUUCUUUGACAAAAGUGCAGGGCAAUGCUUUCUGUUUGAUCAGAUAGGAAGCUUACAGCAAUCUGGCCAGGGAUCCACUGGAUUUGUUUCAUACAUUAAGGUUCCAAGAGAUGGAAACCAGGGGCAACAAUCCGGAGGGAAUGGAAGCAGCAGCCGGAAUUACUUUCACAUCAUGAUGGUCAUUGCUGUUCUGACAGUAUUAGUUAUUUCUGGUAUACUUUAUUUGGGGUGCUGGUGGCAGAAGAAUAAGAAUAGCGUACCAGAGUCUCCUUCUAAAAACUCUUCAGAAGAGGAUAUGUUCUUGGAGAGUUUAUCUGGUGCGCCCAUUCGGUUCAGUUACAAGGAUCUUCAGAUUGCUACUGAUGACUUCUCUGUGAAACUUGGUCAUGGUGGGUUUGGGUCAGUCUACCAGGGGGUGCUUCCUGAUGGGACUCGACUAGCUGUGAAGAAAUUGGAGGGCAUUGGUCAGGGGAAGAAAGAAUUCCGAGCUGAAGUUAGCACCAUAGGCAGUAUCCAUCAUGUCCAUUUGGUCAGGCUCAAAGGAUUUUGUGCCGAGGCAACUCACCGGCUUCUUGUUUAUGAAUACAUGGCAAAUGGUUCUCUGGACAGAUGGAUCUUCCAGAAAGAUGGAAAAGAAAAUAUGUUGGACUGGGGAACGAGGUUCAAUAUUUCUCUAGGCAUGGCAAAAGGAUUAGCUUAUCUCCAUGAGGACUGUGAUGUAAAGAUUAUCCAUUGUGAUAUAAAGCCUGAAAAUGUGCUUCUUGACGAUAAUUUUUUAGCAAAGGUCUCGGAUUUUGGUUUGGCUAAGCUGAUGUCUAGGGAACAGAGCCAUGUAUUCACCACAAUAAGGGGUACCAGAGGGUAUCUAGCGCCCGAGUGGAUUACAAACCAUGCUAUAUCAGAGAAAAGUGAUGUGUACAGCUUUGGCAUGGUCUUGCUUGAGAUAAUUGGGGGAAGGAAGAAUUUUGAUUUAGCAGAGACUUCAGAGAAAGCUCAUUUUCCGUCUUAUGCCUUCAAGAUGAUGGAAGAAGGAAGAAUCAAAGAAAUCCUUGAUUUGAAGCUGAAGACUCAUCAAGAUGAUGAGAGGGUGAUCAUGGCAAUUAAGGUAGCUUUGUCGUGUAUACAGGACGACAUGUACCUGCGACCAUCCAUGUCUAAAGUAGUCCAAAUGCUUGAAGGUCUCUCUCCUGUUCCACAACCCCCAACCUCCUCUCAAAUAGGGUCCCGCCUUUACUCAAGCCUUUUUAAGUCAAUCAGUGAGGAGGGUACUUCAUCAGGACCCUCAGAUUACCAUAGCGAUGCAUAUUUCUCAGAUGUACGCCUGUCUGGACCCAGAUAGCUCAAGCUGUUUAUACAAAUGAAGUUGCAGCCAUUAGAACUCAGAUCCUUCAAAAAUGAAUCAAUAAAUAUGUGAAGGUUCUAUA